CUGUCACGUUGGUCGAGCCUAACAACUGCAGAACAACCGUAGAAGAAGAGUAGUCCGGUCUCAGUCAACAAUUUGCAAAGAGGAAACAAGAAGCCAAGAGGAACGAGACUGUCUCCUUCUGAACAGUUCUAUUUAACCUUUGGGUGCUGAGCACUCGCGUCCUUCAGCAACAUGGGGGAACUCUUCAGAAGUGAGGAGAUGACGCUGGCUCAGCUCUUUCUCCAAUCAGAAGCUGCUUACUGUUGUGUCAGUGAGCUGGGAGAGAUCGGGAUGGUACAGUUUCGGGAUCUAAAUCCAGAUGUGAACGUGUUCCAGCGAAAGUUUGUCAACGAAGUCCGACGAUGUGAAGAAAUGGAUCGCAAAUUGAGAUUUGUGGAAAAGGAAAUAAAGAAGGCCAACCUCCCAAUGGUUGAUACCGGAGAGAAUCCUGAAGUCCCAUUUCCAAGAGACAUGAUCGACCUGGAGGCCACGUUUGAGAAGCUUGAGAAUGAGCUGAAGGAAAUAAACACCAACCAAGAGGCCCUGAAGAAGAACUUCCUGGAGCUGACUGAGCUCAAGCACAUCCUGCGUCGCACACAGCAGUUUUUUGAUGAGAUGGAGGAUCCCAGUUUACUGGAGGAAUCGUCCAACCUCAUCGACCCCAGUGAGGUAAACAGAGGGGCUCCUCUCAGACUGGGAUUUGUGGCUGGAGUAAUUGGCAGGGAACGUAUUCCCACAUUUGAGAGGAUGCUGUGGAGAGUUUGCAGAGGGAACGUUUUCCUGAGGCAGGCAGACAUUGAGGAUCCUCUGGAGGACCCGACAACGGGCGACCAAGUCCACAAGUCUGUCUUCAUCAUCUUCUUCCAGGGAGACCAGCUCAAGAACAGAGUCAAGAAGAUCUGUGAGGGGUUCAGAGCCACCCUGUACCCAUGUCCAGAAACCCCCCAGGAGAGGAAAGAAAUGCUGGCAGGGGUGAAUGCACGAAUUGAGGAUCUUCAAAUGGUCCUGAACCAGACAGAGGAUCACAGGCAGAGAGUCCUGCAGGCUGCGGCCAAGACAGUCAGAGUGUGGUUCAUCAAGGUGAGGAAGAUGAAGGCCAUCUACCACACCCUCAACCUCUGCAACAUCGACGUCACUCAGAAGUGUCUGAUCGCUGAGGUGUGGUGUCCUGUCUCUGAUCUGGACUCCAUCCAGUUCGCUCUGCGAAGGGGGACGGAGAAGAGCGGCUCUACCGUGCCUUCCAUCCUCAACAGGAUGCAGACAAAGCAAACCCCACCUACCUACAACAAGACAAACAAGUUCACUUCAGGCUUCCAAAACAUUGUGGAUGCCUAUGGAAUUGGCAACUACCGUGAGAUCAACCCAGCGCCAUACACCAUCAUCACCUUCCCCUUUCUAUUCGCUGUUAUGUUUGGGGACCUGGGCCAUGGGGUGCUCAUGACGUGUGCUGCCCUCUACCUUGUGUUGAGAGAGAGCCGGCUCAUGGCACAAAAGAACGAUAAUGAGAUGUUUAGCAUGGUGUUUGCGGGGCGCUACAUCAUUCUGCUGAUGGGAAUUUUUUCAAUUUACACGGGGAUCAUCUACAACGACUGCUUCUCCAAGUCCCUCAACGCAUUCGGGUCCGGGUGGAGUGUCAGGCCAAUGUUUGAUAGUCGAGUAGGAGGCAACUGGACGUUUGAUACACUUACUACUAGUAAAGUUCUGCAGUUGGACCCAGCGGUAGAUGGAGUGUUCAAAGGGCCGUACCCCAUUGGAAUCGAUCCGAUAUGGAACAUUGCCACCAACAAGCUCACGUUCCUGAACUCAUUCAAAAUGAAGAUGUCCGUCAUCCUGGGAGUCAUCCACAUGCUGUUUGGAGUCAGCCUCAGUCUCUUCAACCACCUGUAUUUCCAGAAGCCACUGAAUAUCUACUUAGGAUUCAUCCCCGAGAUCGUCUUCAUGGCCAGUCUGUUCGGCUACCUUGCCAUCCUCAUCUUCUAUAAGUGGUUGUCAUUUGAUGCAAAGUCAUCCAGGGAUGCUCCCAGUCUCCUCAUCGCCUUUAUAAACAUGUUCCUCUUCAACUACAGCGACCCCAUGAGCAAACCUCUGUACAGGGGACAGAUGGCGGUUCAAUCACUCUUGGUGGUAAUUGCCUUGGCCUGCGUUCCCUGUAUGUUAAUUGUGAAAACUCUCAUUAUGAGGAGGCAGCAUUUGUGGAGGAGAAACAUGGGUACACAAAACUUUGGAGGGAUCAGAGUUGGCAACGGGCCUACAGAGGAUGAGGCAGAAAUCAUCCAGCAUGACCAGUUGUCACAGCACUCAGAGGAGGAGCCUGAGCGUUGCCUUUUGUCACCUGCUCUCAAGGCCCGUGAGGAGGAAGAGUUUAACUUUGGAGAUGUGGCCGUGCAUCAGGCGAUCCACACCAUAGAGUACUGCUUGGGCUGUAUCUCCAACACUGCCUCCUAUCUGAGGCUAUGGGCCCUCAGUCUGGCUCAUGCACAGUUGUCAGAGGUGCUGUGGUCCAUGGUGAUGCACAUCGGCCUCUCCACCACCAGCAAACUUGGAGGCUUUAUCCUCGUGGCUGUAGUCUUUUACUUCUUUGCUGUUCUCACAGUUGCCAUUCUACUUAUAAUGGAAGGCCUGUCAGCCUUCUUGCAUGCACUGAGGCUUCACUGGGUGGAGUUCCAAAACAAGUUUUACACUGGCCAGGGCUUCAAGUUCCUCCCGUUCACCUUCGAAAGCAUCCUUGACGGGAGGUUUGAGGACUGAGAUCUGAGACGCUUCCUCGUCCUCCGUUUAUGUCACUCAUCUGUUUGUAAUCCGUGUGAUGUUGAAUAGUGAUUGUUCUCUGUGGUGCAGUUUUCAGCUUGUGGGGUGUUCUCACAUCUGCAUGAGUGACACUCCACAGGAAUAUAUCUGCCUGCCUGCUGUUAAAAAAAAACUUCUCAUCUCCUUGUAGGAUCAGUGUGCACAUCUAUAACAUCUCUGAAUUCACUUUCAUUCCUCAGAAAAUACCAUCAUGUUUUAUGUGAUCUGUCUCUUGUUUUAGUGAAGCUAUAUUGUUUUACCUGUUGUAUUUAGUUUAAUAUUAUUUAUGCAUUUUUUUCUCCUUUGUGAAACCUGCAAAUUUCCAUGUGGCAGUGUUGCACUAAUGAAUUAAUGAGGUCAGUUAGUCGCAAAUGUGUGAUGAGAAAAGGGACAGACGCGUUUACUGCUUGUUAUCUUUGUAUGAGUAUGGUCCUAAAGAAAAAUCUUGUGCACCAAACAUCUCAUCUGACUGAUUUCCAACACACUCCCACUUUGCACCUGCAGAUGACUCUCUCCCACUGCAUACUGCCCCCCACAGAAAGAGCUGUGAAGGUCCAAAGGGAAUACAACUUAGAUUGAUCAGUCAAUGCUUUGAUGCACUGACUGUUUAAUUAAAUACCCUUUGUGUUUAGUGAUCAAUGUUCUGAAACAAUCCAACACUAAAAUAAUUCAACACCAUUCGUCUAGCUGGUUUUGUUCUUUAAGCUGAUUUCAGUUGUUCAGAAUAAAUUCUUCACGAUUUGCCUACCACCUGCAUUCCUUGUACAUCUCACAAUAAAUUGGAAAGAGCUGGAUUAAAAUGUG